CACUGGUCAGUCAGUUCCUCUGUUGUAAACAGACUGUGUCGGAGACGGAGCUCAGUCGUGGGUGGAUCCGAGCAGAACCCGGACUGACACCGAAAAACACCAUGCACUGAGUGAGCAUCAUUAGACCUCGGGUUCAAGAAGGAAACCACCGAAACCACUUCAUUUUCUUCAACGUCAUACGGCAAGCAGGUCCUCUCGCGUAUCUGCAAUGACCACCCUCGAGGAGGCCGACAUGCGCACCUUCUGCUCGGAGCUGCCUGCCAUGUUUGAUGGCGUGAAGCUGGCGGCAGUGGCAACGGUCCUGUACAUCAUCGUCCGCUGUCUGAACCUGAAGAGUUCCACAGCUCCGCCGGAGAUCACCUACCAGGACACACUUCUCGGCCGCUACCUGCUCAAAUCCUGCCCGAUGCUGACCAAAGAAUACAUUCCUCCCUUGCUGUGGGGGAAGAGUGGCCAUCUCCAGACGGCCCUGUAUGGCAAGAUGGGACGUGUCAACACUCCAACGCCCUGCGGCGUCCGCAAGUUCCUCCCUAUGCAGGACGGAGCCACAGCGACCUUUGACCUCUUCGAAGCACUUGGGGACCACAGCACAGGAGAUGACAUUACCAUGGUAAUCUGCCCGGGGAUCGGUAACCAUAGCGAGAAGAACUACAUUCGGACCUUUGUGGAUCACUCCCAGCGGCAGGGUUACCGCUGUGCCGUCCUCAACCACCUGGGAGCCCUGCCCAACAUGGAGCUCACCUCGCCGCGCAUGUUCACCUACGGUUGUACCUGGGAGUUUGCGGCCAUGGUGGGCUACAUCAAACGGGCCCUCCCCGAGACGCUGCUGGUGGUCGUGGGCUUCAGCCUUGGGGGAAACAUCGUCUGUAAGUUCCUGGGUGAGAACCGAUCGAACCAGGACCGAGUGCUGUGCUGCGUCAGCGUCUGUCAGGGGUACAGCGCCCUCAGGGCUCAGGAAACAUUCCUUCAGUGGGACCAGUGCCGGAGGCUCUACAACUUUGUGUUGGCGGACAACAUGAAGAAGCUCAUCCUGUCACACAGGAGCAGUUUGCUGGGCAUGAGCUCCAGCAACAUCGGGGACGCCGACCUGAGCAGACUGUACGCAGCCACGUCCUUGACGCAGAUCGACGACAGCAUUAUGAGAAAAUUCCACGGCUACAGCUCUUUGAAGGAGUACUACGAGACGGAGAGCUGCGCGCACUACAUCCACAAAGUCACUGUGCCUCUCCUCCUGGUUAACUCCUCAGACGACCCACUAGUUCAUCAGUCACUACUGGCUAUUCCACGCACACUCGCAGAGAAGAUGCCCAAUGUGAUAUUUGCCCUGACCCAACACGGAGGCCACCUGGGAUUCUUCGAGGGGGCCGUGCUGUUCCCUCAACCCCUCACCUGGAUGGACAAGGUCAUAGUCGAGUACACCGACGCCAUCUGCCACUGGGAGAAGAACAGGCCAGCCUGUCAGAGGAGCAGCCACCAGGACGUGAACUCCCGCCUGAAGAGCACAAGGGUAACGCUCAACGGGUAACACAUACUGUACAUACAGUCUCUUGAUUCUGGACGGCAGGGUGACGUCAUGGGCAGGGAGGUGUGCUUCAACCAGAGUAUGAAUGUGAUCUUUAACCUCACUGUGGAAAAUUGGGAUUUCUCUGCAUUUAUUAUUAUUGAAAACAUUCCCGGAUACUCAUACUAAUACUUUCAGUAGAGAGUAUUCAGUUUACACACAAAUUAGACUUCUAGUCUAACUCCAAUCACUGAGAAAACUGGGACAUUGAGUGUGAAGGUCCCAUUUUUUUUGGCGAUCACUCUGAAGCCUUAAAAUCUUACCAACAAUAAUAUACUUGAUGCCCCACAUCAGUCAUAUUUUUAUUCUGGCAACAGCCGUGGCCACAUGCAUUAUGUUUUCAGGGUUGUCCGUAUAUACAUUACGUCCGUCCGUCCCGUUCUCGUGAACGCAAUAUCUCAGGAAUGCCUUGAGGGAAUUUCUUCAAAUUUGCCACAAACUUUUCCCUGGACUCAAGGAUGAACUGAUUAUAUUUUGGAGGUCAAAGGUCAAGGUCACUGUGCCCUCAUGUCCGUCCCGUUCGCGUGAGGGCAAUAUCUCAGGAACACCUUGACAUUUCUUCAAAUUUGGCACAAACGUUCACUUGGACUCAAGGAUGAACUGAUUAGACUGUGGUCAAAGGUCAAGGACGAGAUCACUGUGAUCUCUCAAAACAUGUUUUUUGCCAUAACUCAAAAAUUCAUACGCUAAUUAUGAUAGAACGCACUUAAUACCUUUUAUGAAAUCCCUUCAAAGUCUUCAUUACAUACAUUAUAUUAUAUGAUUCUGAACAGACAGAGAUGUAAACUGCAACUUGACUAGUUGGUACUUUGAGUUUCGGCUUCUCAUGAAUCAUUCAGCUGCCUCUGCUGAGCAGCAGAAUGACACGAAUUAUGGUGUACAGUGGUGAUUUCCAGCUGUUGUUAAGGUUCAACAUAACAGCCGUUCUGUUCAAAUUGUGAUUUUGAUUUCCUCAAAUUGUAUUUUAAAUGCUCUUUGGUAUGAUCUUGUUUGUUUCCACCGAGAGAAAUCUGCUGUUUUAUUGCAGGAAAUCUGUUAAAUAACAUCCGGGUUGGUUUAUUUAUAUAUUUUGAGUGAUCAUUUUGUUCAUUUGGACAUCACUCGCCAGUUCUUCACUUUGCAUUUCCAUUGUGUGUGGUCGACCAUCGACCUGCAUUCUUGCUGCUGACCUCCCAUCAAUUCAGGUUUUUAAACAGGUUUAGGGGUUGGAAAUGGAAAUAUGGGCUCUUCAUACAAAUUACCUUUAACAUUGUACUCCAAACAUUGUACUUCUCUAGGUCAGCGUGUCCCAUUCCAUGAAUCGCCCCACAAAACCCAAAAACGAUUAGAAAACAGAGGCUAUUAUUACGAUGCCCUCUGCCAUAGGAAAAUUGAAAGAAAUUUCCUAAAUGCUGCUGUUUACGUGGAUGAUUACCACAGAAACAAGUCCUUUGACCUGUCUAAAAACCAGGGCAGGAGAUUCUCGGAAAAUAUACUGGACUGAAGGGCUCUUCAGGAAAGAGCUGCGUCGAACAAAUUUUUUUUUUUUUAUUAUUUACAAAUAUUACAACAGAGCGGAGAGAAGAGAGUGCAACUGGGACAUAAAUAGUAAGUGUAUAAAAUGAGAAAUCCAGUGUUGGACUCUCAUUUUACACACUUAACCAAAAAAAUUACCAAAGCACUUUUUGCUUUUCCAUAACAAUGAUCUUAACUUUGUAAUUUUGCAGCUUAACUUUGUAAUUUUGCAGCUUAACCUGAUCAAUGUUAGUGAUUCUGCUGCAUUUUUGCCACAUACCUAUUGAAGGCACAUGGCUUUGGCUCCAAUCCAGCGAAGGUCUUAUAUGAGACAAUACUUCACACAAAGGCUAAUUGCUAAGUUUCAUAAGUGACCACAGUUUUGUGGGGUUGGUUUUUAGCUUAUUGCUACAUGCCAGUUGGGUGGACUGUGCCACUUAAAACAAAUAUAAAUGCAUAAUAAAUACAGUGAACGGAGGAGUAAAGACGAUGCAAAUGUUUCUUAAUGAAAACACAAAAAACUACAACACAAAAUGUACCUCUGUGUCUCAGGAUACAGUAUAUUUCCUUGAGAAAUGUACUGAUAAAGGAUCUCAAACACUGACACAAUAAGAGGUGCAUUUUUAAGUGCAAGAAUUCUUUUUGUUUUUUUGUGGUUUAAUUGUGGCCUUUUUUCAUUACCAUUUUUAAGAAGUGCCUAUGAUGUUCCUGUUUGGUAUUAAUCACUUUCCUGCGAGUUAAAUCCUGUCAGAUACUGUGUAAAUGUGUAAAUGCAGUGGUAAAUGCAAGUUCAUGCACGUCUUAUCAAUCAACGUUUCAGCCAUCAGAUUCAAUACAAUGCUCAAUCUGCCCUCUGAGGCUGAAGUCAAGCUGCAACGGCACUGCGACUCCGUCUGUAUGUGCAGUAUGUCCUAUGGACUCCUUUGCCUGCACUUUACUGUCUUUACAGUUCCUAUGGUACUGUAUGACAAUAGAGAUUGUAUCAGCAUAAUGUUUUUUGUUCUGACGCGGUACGCAGCAUUGACUGACUAGUCACAUUUGAAC